AAAAAAUAAUGCAUACAUAUGAUAUUAAUACAGAAAUUUUGACUCCAAGAUUUUUAGAAGCUUGUAGAAGAGAAGGAUUUCAUGAAAGUGAACUGAUAAAAAAAACUAAAGCUUAAGUGACACAAUUGGUAAAAUAAAAAGAUUAAUCUCUUAAUGAUGAAUUCAUCUGUGAAAUUGAAAAGCAUUUAGAAGAAAAGAGAAAAUAAAAAAUAGAUUUGGUAAGAGCAUAGAGAUAGAAAAUACUUUAAGAGAAUGGAACAAGAAGUUAGAGUUUGCAUAAUCAAUCUUAAUUAAAUUUUAGUUCAAUAAGUUAUGCAGAAAAAUAAUAAAAAAUAUUAGAAAAUAUUAAAAGAAGGCAGUAAAUUGAAAUUGAUAAAAUGGUUGAGUAAGAACAACUCAAAGAAUAAUAGGAAAAGGAUAUGCAAUAGAAAUUACUAAAAUAACAAUUAAAAGAGUAACAGUUGCAGGAAGAGUUUAAAAGGAGAAGAGAAUAUAAUGAGAUGAAAAAAUAAUAAUUAGAGAAGGAAAAAUUGAAAAAGGAAUAAAGAGAGUAAUAGAUUUAGGAAUAAAAGAUAAAAGAGAGUGAAAUGAAAGAAUAAAAAAGGAAAUAACGAGAGCUAGAAAUUUUGUAAAGAUCAAAGUUGGAAGCCGAAUUCAAAGAAAAAGAUAGAAAAUAAAAAUAAGAUUAAAUUUUAAGAGAAUAGGAACAAUUUUAAUUUGAGUAAUCGAGAUAAUAAGAAUAAAAAAAACAAUAAAUAGAAGAAAAAGAGAAAAAAAGAUUAUAAUUAAUAGAGUUCAAGAAUGAGGAGAGAAAAAAAUUUGCAGAUUUAGAAAGAAAGGAGUUUGAAUAAAAGUUAGAAAAGGUAAAAAAAUAUAAUGAAGAUAUGAUGGAAAGAAAGAGACAGGAUUAUUUAAAAAAAGAAGCUUAAGUAGAAGCAAAAAGAAAAGAUUUUGAACAAUUUUUAGAUUAUGUUAAGUAGCAGAAGUAAAAAUAAAAUUUGGAUAAACAGUAGCAAAUAAAUAAAAUUUUGGUAAAAAGUAGUUUAAUUUUAAGUAAUUGAAUUUAACAAAGGAGGAAGAGAAGAGGAAAAAGUAUGAGAUAAAAUAAAAUGAGUAUUUCAAAAAGAAAGAAUUAAUGGAUGAAUUUUAAAGGUAAUAAAUGGAAGAGAAGAUAAAGAAAUAUGAGGAAAAGGAGAAGAGAAUAAAGUAAAUAUUAUUUAACAAUGAAUUUAUGUAAGAACAAUAAAGGAAUGAAUUGGAGAAAAAAUUAAGUAGAACUUAGGAUAAGCUUAUAAAUUUGAAUAGUAGAAAAGAAUUUGAGCAUAAGUAUAGGUAAUAUUUAAUAGAAUAAGAUUAGAACUACUUAAUAGAUAAUAAAAGAGAUAGAUACUGAAGAUAAUGUUAGAAGAAUGGAAUAAUUAGGUGGAUAUCGAAGAUUGAAAUUAGAAGAGAAAAUGUGUAAAGAUGAUGAGAAAUGUUAAUAGAUGAGAAAGGAUAGAGAAUAGAUUAGUAAAUUGGCAGAUUUAAUAAGAAAGGAAGCAGAAGAGAAGAGGAAAUAAUUUAUGUUAGAUUAUGAAAAGAGAAAAAGAAUGCAAUCUGAUGGAUUUAGGAAGAUGAAUUCAACGAUGGGAUAAUGAU